GAUCACUCGCUUCCUGAAAGUCAUGUGAUCAAGAUGCAAACAAAAGUCAACAUUGGCUGCGAUCGGCGCGGCGAGAGCGCGUGAAUGGCCCUUGCCGCAUGCCGCGCCGUGGAUGGGGUGGAUCUCAAGCCAAGGAAAUAGAUGCCUCUCAGUAUCAUCUCAUGAAUGCCUGAUUGUCUCAGAAAGCAGACUUUGUCUUUGAGCAACUCGUCAAUCAUUAUUUGGUGUCAAUUCCAUGGCUAACUAGUCGUAGACUGUAAUAUGUGAAGCUGAACUUUUUCUGACAUGUCUGAAGACCAGUGAAGACUGAACAUUGCAUUGACAAAUGACAUUGUCAAAAUAUCAGAAAAUAGGCGUUAACAACACUCUUCUAAAUUCUAAUUUCUCAAUCUAACAACAGAUUGUGGAAGUGUGCACCAAGUCCAAGACCAAGGCAAGCAAGGACAGGUCCAAGCUAGUCAAUGAUUGAGCACCGACUUUGACUUGAGUUAGCCUAAGUCUAGUCUAGUUACUGCGACACGGCAGCGACGUCUCCAGAGCUUUAAAAAAUUUUACUUUUUUUAGAAGUCUUACUCUGAGUCUGACUGAGCUUAGAAGUCAUCAUGACGAGAACAUUCGAUAACAUCCACUGGCACUGGGCUUGUUUGUUCGUCAUCGCCACUUGCCAAAUUUCAUAUUCUGCAACUGAUGGUGCUACUGUUCAAGAUUCAUUCAGGCUGGCAGCAUACUAUUCGGACCAUAUGGUCCUGCAGAGAGGUCCUGAUCAUGCAGUUAUAUGGGGAUAUGCUGUCAAAGGUGCUCAGAUAACACUACUAUUCAAGGGUGUUAAAUACACCACAACAGCUACCACAGCUACUUUUACCAGUGAAGGGGUGUGGAAAGUGACCCUUGACCCCCAACCUCCAAGUGGUCCUUUCACCAUCCAGAUAACGUCAGACAAUCAAGGAGUUCAAGAAGUUAUUGCACUGGAAGAUGUUCUCUUUGGAGAUGUUUGGGUUUGCAGUGGACAAAGUAACAUGGCAUUUGAUGUCAAGUCUGCAUUCAAUGGGACCGAGGCUCUUAUUGAGUCAUACCAGUAUUCUCUUAUUCGAGUUCUUUCAGUGUUCGAGGUGGAGUCGACUGUGCCUUUAUAUGAUCUUCAAAGUGUUUAUAAACCAUGGUCUUUGCCCAAUCCAGUUUCUUUGGGAGGUCUGAAUACCAAGAGUGCAUUGUAUUUCUCUGCUGUCUGUUGGUUCUUUAAACGAGACCUUCAUGAUCACCUAAAGUAUCCUAUUGGUUUAAUUUCAACAAACUGGGGUGGUACUCCUGCAGAAGCGUGGUCACCUCCUGAGGUGCUAAGCAGCUGUAAUAUAUCAGUAGCAGAGAGACAGGAAGACAGUGUAAGGAUUGAUAAUCAAGUCAAAUUGAAUAAGUCUUCAUCCAGACCAGAAAAGACAUUCAAUGGAACAGAGUCUGUAGUCUCCCAACGUGUUGGUGGACCACAAGGUCAUAGUGUCCUUUGGAAUGCAAUGAUUCAUCCUCUCCUUAAUAUGAGCAUUAAAGGUGCUAUCUGGUACCAAGGAGAAGAUAAUGCAGUUCAUGACCCAUCAACGUACAACUGCUUGUUCCCUCAUAUGAUUAACAGCUGGAGAAAGGAGUGGUAUGCUAGUACUGGGGGAGUCAUGAAUCCACAAUUUCCUUUUGGUUUUGUCCAGCUCUGUAAUUCAGAAUAUCCUGGGAAUGCUAAUUUCACUGCUUUACGUUGGCACCAGACAGCAGACUACGGCUACGUUCCUAAUCCACUCAUGCCUGAUGUCUUCAUGGCAGUUGCCAUUGAUUUACCUGAUCUCAAAUCACCCCAUGGACCUGUUCAUCCUCGUGACAAAGAGGAUGUGUCGGCUAGGCUACUACUAGGUGCUAGAGCAGUUGCUUAUGGGGAGAAUUAUACAACAUUCCAAGGCCCUUUCCCAAGCAACAUCUCCUACACUGCUCCAUCUUCCCUCUCAAUUCAGUUCAACGAUGGAAAAGCAAAGCUCAAGAUGAACAACAAGGCUGGGUUUGAUGUUUGCUGUGCAUCAUCCUUCGCUGACUGUCCUCUUCAGGGUAACUCUUCCUGGGUAACCACUAGCAUCAUGACCCUCUAUCAGAAUGCUACCGUUGCGAUCGAAGACCCUUGUUCUGGUCCCCCGAUGGCCGUCAGGUACAUCUGGGCUGAUCUCCCCUGCGAGUUUAAAGACUGCCCUCUAUAUGAUGCCGUGAGUCAGCUGCCGGUUCCUCCGUUUUUCUUGCCUGUCAAGCAGCAGUCUUGGAAGAGGACACCAAAGAUUGUUAUCAAUUGAUGGGAUGUAAAGUAACACAAACCUAGCAACUGAUCAUACAAUUGAUUUCCGAGUGAUUAGUUUAAUCACUAGGUGUUGUGUAAAGAGCACAGUAAACAUAAGAAACAUACAACUGAAUACAAAUUUUGAUACUUUUGGCUUCCCAUACUUAGACCGUAACUUUAAACCUGAGUUUAAGUUAAACACGACUUCAGAAUACGGGCUACAGGGUCUAAAUGAUUAUUUCAAGUUUUUAAACAAACAAAGCAUGAGAAGUUUUGGUAUAAUAUUAUAACCUUCAGAUUAUUUUACACCAUAUAUGGCAACACCAGUAGCUAUUUUUUGCUGCCACUUUAGUAUCAUUGCCAUUUGGUUUUAUAGUCAUCACUUGAAACUAAAUUACCACUUGGCGCGCUUGUCAUUUUGUCUUUUGAUGAUUGAACAAAAUGGUCUUAUUGCCAUUGACUUCAUAGGUUUAUCCACUUUGGUCUAUUAUGAGUUUGUCUUAAAGGGGACGUUCACCUUGAUGAUAAGAAAAAUCAAAGAAAAAAAUGUCUAAUGAAGAAUAACAAAGUUGUGAACUUUUAAAGUU